CCCAUAAUUCCUCUACCCGGAAGCAGAUGAAGUGUGAUGAAGCGCGGAAGUACCGCGGGGGAAUUCCUCGACAGUUUGCACCUGUCUGAGCUGUUCUGGAUGUUUUCAUCUAAUUUACUAUAUCGGCCUCGAUUCUGAUUUUCCAACUCGGUGAAGUUGAAAAUGUUGGCCGAUCUGACCGUCUGCGGUUGACUAUAAACAGGGCCGUGUUUCUUUGGCGGAAGACCGACAGGCAGUGGAUCAGUGUUAGCGGUAGACUUAUAUACUGUAAACGACUUAAAUAAGGAUCAUGGUCCAGCCGCAGCCAUCAGGCGGUUGCACUCUGCAGUGGGAGCUGACUGGAGAGGAGACUGUGGGUGCUGGAGGUCAAGGGUCACUGAUGGCCAGUUCACAGGGGUCUCUGAGGGUCCCUCCUGAAUUAGCGGGAAAUGAAGUGGUCCAUAGACUCAUAACAGAUAAUCAUCAGCUACGAGAGGCUCUGAAGCGAAGCAAUGAUGCUCUCAAAGAGAGAUGUGAAGAGAUGGAGGGGUGGCAGAGGAGGUCGCGGGAGGAGCGAGAGUUCCUAAGCUGUAGAUUUCGUGAGGCCAGAUCUUUAGUGCAGCGGCUGGCGCAGGAAAACCAGAGCCUGUUAGGACAGCUCAACCACAGCAUCGGCCCAUGUGUCGGCGUCUCUAAAGAGACUGGAACUCAGGACCAAGAGCUGAAGUGCUCCAAUGCAAACAAGAACGCCCUCAUGGACUCACCAGAAGUAUUAAAUGAAGCUGUACCGAUAGACCGAGCUGAAGGAAACACUGACAGACACACAAUGCCUCAAAGUUUGCCUGCCGAGGGCUCUAAUGAAUUUCUGAAACUGCUGAAAAGCCACAAAGAGAAGCUGGAGGAAGGGAUGAAGGUGCUGAGGAGGAGGAAUGAGGAGCUGGAAAAGGAAAAAGCAGAGAGUGAGAAAGAGCGAGUAAAUCUCCUUGCCACAGUGGAGCAGUUACACUCCAAACUCACUCAGAAUGUUACAGAAGAGUCAGUCCAGCAGACAUGCGCUCUCACCGUUCCUGCAGAAAGCCCUCACUUGGCUAAACUAACUGAGCAGCUUCAGGCUACACAAGGCAGGUACAGGGAGCUCCAGGAGAAGCUGGACUGUCUUCAGAAGAAUUCUGCUCAGAGAGACAGAACUGAGGCUCUUCUCAAACAGAAAGAGAAGGACUUUGUUCAGCUGACAAAGGAUAGUGAAGCUCUGAGAGCUCAAGUCACGUCCCUUCUCGGUGAGUUGAAUGAACGACAAAACUGGCUGGAGAAAAGUGAAGCAGAGAGACGAAUAUUAGAGGAUAAAUUGGGCAAGAAGACAGAACGCCUGCAGACUUUAGAGAGAGACAUGGAGCAGCAGAAGAAGCAGCACAGUGUGACAGUGGACAAUCUUUUAUUGCAGACACAGAACCUAGAAACUGCCCUGAAGAACGAGAGGCUCGUCAUAGUGGAGGAGAGGAGGAAGCUGGCCCAGCUCCAGCAUGCGUACACAUGUCUGUUUCAGGAUUACGACAACAAAUUAAAAAGUGACAAGCAAGCCAAUCACAGGAGUGGAGAGGCAGAGACUCUAGCUAACAGGUUAGCAGAGGCUGAGAAAGCUCUGGCCCUAAAACAGGAACACAUCGAUAAACUCAAGGAGGAAAUGGAGCAGCUGAGAGCUACAUUAGAAACUAUACCAGUGCUGAAUGCUCAGGCUGAGAUCUUUAAGAUGGACUUCCUGGCUGAAAGGGAAGCCAGAGAGAAACUCAAUCAAAAGAAGGAAGAGUUGCAAGAGGAGCUAAAUAAGGCACUAGUUGAGAUAGACAGACUCAAGCAAGAGGGAACGUCACGAGCUCGCAUUGAGGAGAUGCAACAGAGACACUUGGAGAACUUCAGGCCUCGACCUCACCCGCCCCCUCCAACUGCACCUUUCACAGGAGCAGCCAUGUUCAACCCAGCCCAGCCUCCAUCUGCACGCAGAAGAGAUGAUGACCAGGACGAGCUGCCUGAUUACCGCUGCCCAAAAUGUAUGUACAAGGCUCCAGACAUGGAUACCCUGCAAAUCCACGUCAUGGACUGUAUCCAGUGAGAAAAGAUGUUCAGGUGUUUUCAUGACACCUGAGUGAACUGUAUCCACAACAACAAUAAAUGAGAAGAGAAAAUCAAGAACCUGCUAAAGACAAGACGAGAACUGUCUGAGGUCUCUGAACAUUUAAUCCUGCUGCAGAUUGACUUGAAGUAGACAGAUGUUUAGCAGAUGUUUUUAUCACGUGGCUAUAGAGCUGCCACCAUGUUCUUGUGUGUGUAUCUCUUUAAAAAAACGCUCAUCUGUACUGCCUUUCUGUGACAGCAUAGUGUAAUGUACUCUGCACGUGUGAAUGUUUGUCUGCUUUACGUCUGCACACACCUGACAGUGACAAUGUUUCCUUUAUACCUGUGGUAUUUGUUUCUCUAGAUGUAUAUGCACUCUUGAGGAUUCAUGCCCGCCUGUGUUAAUAUUGUGUAUUAUCAGCCAAAGUGAAUAUGGAAAAAACAACUUUGUACAGACUAUUGUUAUGGAGAGAUUUACUGAAAUAAAGGUAUGAAUAUAAUUAUCUACUCUAAUUGAUCAGUUAUUCACUUUAAAUGAAUGCUGAGAAACUCUGCUGUAGGAGCUGAAAAAGGCACUAGCCAA